GCGACAUUUUACAGGUGUUGUGUCCAACUUUGACAGGGUGUUAUGACUGAGGAUUACCAGAAGCAUAGGAGUAACAUUUCUAUUGUUUAAGGUCGGACAUCAGGUGUUAAUGUCUCCGUCUAUGGCGAGAUCUGCUCCGAGCGAGCUCAACCAUUGGUGGAGCCAGCUGAGGUUUCGCCUUCAAAACAAGAAAGGAUGGAACGAGAUGUUAGAUGAGACGUUUAUGCUCCACUCCAAAUACAUAAAUGACAUUCCUCUCUUCUAUGCGGCUAAAAAGAACAGUGUUGGGUGCAUCAGGAAACUGCUGAGUUGUGCAUCCACCAACAUUUUUGAGAGAGGAGCUCUUGGUGAGACAGCACUCCAUGUUGCUGUGAUGAGUGAUAGCCUGGAAGCUGCCGUGGCUCUGAUGGACGGAGCGCCUGAACUCAUCAACGAGCCCAUGACCUCCGAGCUCUUCCAAGGUGUUACUCCUCUCCACAUCGCUGUGGUGAAUCAGAACAUCAAUCUGGUUCAUCAUCUAAUCACUCGUGGGGGUGAUGUGGCCACACCUCGAGUCACCGGUCUGUACUUCAGGAAAAGGAUAGGAGGACUCAUAUACUAUGGUGAGCAUAUCCUGUCUUUUGCUGCCUGUGCUGGGAAUGAGGACAUCAUCUCCAUGUUAAUCGAUGCAGGGGCCAGCACCAGGGUCCAAGAUUACCGUGGUAACACAGUGCUUCACAUUUUGGUUCUGCAGCCCAACAAGACAAUUGCGUGCCAGGCCAUUGAACUGAUAAUGGCACGCGAUGCAGAGCUGGACCAGUUACUGUCACUUGACAUGGUGCCCAACUACCGAGGCCUUACACCUUUUAAACUGGCUGCCAGAGAGGGAAACACUGUGGCUUUUCAGCACCUGGUUAAUAAAAGACGUGUAGUCCAGUGGAGUCUAGGCCCUCUGACCUCUAACCUGUAUGACCUGUCGGAGAUCGAUUCAUGGGCCGACAACAUGUCAGUGCUGGAGCUCAUUGUGGGCAGCCACCAGAGAGAGGGCAGAAGGAUACUGGAGCUGACCCCUGUGAGGCAGCUGGUUAGUCUGAAGUGGAACCUGUAUGGAAAACAUUACUUCAGGCUGCUGCUGUUACUGUAUCUCCUGUACAUCGGGACCUUCACACUGUGUUGUGCAUACCGCCCUCUAAAGGACGCUCCGGAGAACUACUCAAAUUCAGAGAUGGACAAAACCAUCCGGGUCCAGAAAACACUCCAGGAGAGUUAUGUGACGCAUGAGGACAACGUGCGGCUGGCGGGCGAGAUAAUCAGCCUCCUGGGAGCUUUUGUCAUCCUGGUGCUGGAGAUCCCUGAUAUACUGAGAGUGGGGGCAAAGCGCUAUUUUGGCCAGACAGCACUGGGAGGCCCCUUCCAUGUUAUCCUUAUCAGCUACGCGUGCCUGGUGGUGCUGCUGUGUGUGUUCAGAGCCUGCGAGGUGCAGGGAGAGGAUGUGGUGAUGUCGGUGUGUUUGGUCCUCGGCUGGAGCAACGUCAUGUUCUUCGCCCGAGGUUUUGAAAUGCUCGGCCCUUAUGUCAUCAUGAUACAGAAGAUUAUAUUUGGAGACCUGACAAAGUUUAUGUGGCUGAGUUUCAUAGUCCUCAUUGGUUUUUCCAGCUCCCUGUGGAUGGUGUAUAUGACGCAGGAGCCUGACUCCAUCCCUUCAUAUCGCUCCUUCCCCAUCACCCUCUUCUCCCAGUUUGAGCUCAGCGUGGGCCUCAUAGAUCUGCCUGUAGACCACACCAUCACCACCCCCCCGAUCGUCCACGUCCUGCACUGCACCUUCUCUGUCGUCUCCUACAUCCUCCUGCUAAAUCUGCUGAUAGCCAUGAUGAGUGACACACACUGGAGGGUGGCCCAGGAGAGAGACGAGCUCUGGAGGACUCAGGUGGUUGCCACGACUCUGAUGCUGGAGAGGAAGCUGCCCCGCUGCCUUUGGCCUCGGCUCGGAGUAUGUGGGCUCAACUACGGACUGAGGGAGUGCUGGUAUCUCAGGGUUGAGGACAGAAAUGACCCAAUGUUGCAAAAGAUGCGGCGGUACGUCAAGGCUUUCUCCAGAGAGGAGGAGAAUGAAAAGGAGGGAAUGGAAAAGACGGACACCAUGACGGGGUCCAUCUCAGGGACCCCUAAGCUCAGACCAAAACACAGAGGGGGGUUAAACAACAGGAAGUCUCUGACAGGAUGGCAGAUGAUUCGCCACAGCACUUUGGGUUUGGAGAUGGAGAAGGAGGAUUCGGACGAGGACCAGGACAUUAAAUAUGUUUAGAAAGACAUUCUGCCUGAGCCUGAAGAGCGUUCUCCUGACCUUCAUCUUAAAGUCCUGAACAUAUGAAGUACAUAUAAAUGUGUCCAUACUUGUACCUGCAGUAUUAUGCUUUAGAAAAGAAUGUGUUAUUUUUGUAGCAAUGUAAAACAUAUGUAGCAGUAAUAUAUGCUUAGCUCAAAUAAAGUGAAACAUAGACAUUCAACUUAUUAUGUAGUUGCUUUUUAUAUGACAAUAAAACCUUGUUGAAACAAACUCACUGGCCACAGUGAGUCAUUUGAAGAAAAAGAACAGCAGAUCAUUAAAUUAUACAGUAAGACAACACAAUGCUACACACA